AUGCAGAUUUCAUUAAAAACAUCAUUAAAAACUGAAGUAAGGAGAAAAGAUGAUAAUAAAGUUAUUUGUAGUGGACAACAACUAAAUAGUGGAUAUCGUAGAGAUUGGCGAUUUUCUGCAAUUUAUGAGUCAAUGUGGACAAACACCAAUCAAGCCGUUGCUUUAAAAUGUUUAGAUGGAUCAAAAGAUUUUAGCUCAGAAUUUUUAAUUAAGUUAUUUAUGGUUGAAAAUAAUUCAAAUGAUGAUGAUCGACGAUCAUCUAAAGUCGAACUUUCCAAAAAAACCCUUGCAUUAUUAAAUCCACAAGAAAACGUUUCCCCUACUAGUUCUGACAUUGAUGAAAAUGAAGAUUUACCACAUUGGCAAAAAUCAAUUAUCGAUGGGUUUUUUAACCUUAUUGGUGAAGAACCUCCAACAAAUAGCAGUUUUCGUUCCAACAAUCAAACACAAUCACCGCCACGCAGAAAACCUUUCUCUCGACAUCAGAGUACCCUUAGUGAAUUCGAUCCAACCAUAACCGAAGACCAAUUAGCUGCACCUUAUAUACCCGAAAAGAAACCUGAAAAUCCAAGCAUCUUGAGAAACCUUUUAAAUGCCACAGAAAACUCUCGAUUUUCACAACAGUCUACUAGUCAAGACUCGAACUCUGGUUCAAGUCAGAUAAAAGCUCGAUUGCGGGAUCGUGUACAAACAGCCCUUGCAAUACAUUCUGUCAACAAACUUUUUGGUGCUGGAAAAUAUGGUAAAGAUCAUUUAAAAGAAGCCGGUAACGUUGAUCGUCUUUUAUUUCCAAGUCCUGUAAUUGUUCCAUUUUUAUGGAUGAGAAGAGAUAAUAAAAAUCAAAAAGCGCUUGCAAUCACAGACUCUUAUCAUAGUGAAGAUGCACGCAGUACACUUAGUACUUUUAGAAUAGAAUUGGAAUAUGGUGAUGUAAAAUGGGUUAUAAAAAAGAAUGUAAUUGAUUUUAUGCAAUUACAUUAUUCAUUACAUCGACGACCAGAAUUACCACAAAUUCCUAAAUUUCCUACUGGGAUAAUAAGAUGGUUCAGGUCAACAUAUCAUAGAAUGAAUCGUAAUCAAGGCAGAACCCAGACAGCAGCUCUUGAAAGACGUAAAGAAUUGGAAAAUUAUCUUGUUGUGUUAAUUAAAUCAUUGAAUAUGCAUGUCUCAUAUGAGUUGAAUGAAUUCCUUGAACUCAGUGCCAUAUCAAUCACAAGAGAUAUGGGCUGGAAGGGUAAAGAAGGUUAUUUGUCCAAUAAAGUUGAAAAAUUUCAUAGACACCUUUGUUCUUUUAGAAAUUCUAAUGAUAGAUGGGAAUGGGAAUGGGUAAUAGUUCGUGAUUCCUCUACAACACCAGCAGAUGUUUUUUUAUUAGAUCCACAUUUCAAAUAUGAAAAAUCUACCAAUCGUCCUUUGCAAUUUCAUGAACAUGUCAACAUUGAAAAUAGUUCUCGAAAAAUUCAACUUAAAGGUGACUCUCAUACAUUGAAAGAAUUCACUGAUAGUAUCGAUUUGGUCAAAAGGUCUUCUCCUUGGGUAAACCAACAUCGUUUUGGUUCUUAUGCUCCUAUAAGAGAAAAUGCCAAAGUAAAAUUUUAUAUUGAUGGUAAAGAUUAUUUUUAUGCUGUUUCACAAGCUAUAAUGGCAGCAACUUCAGAAAUUUAUAUUGAAGAUUGGUGGUUAUCUCCUGAAUUGUAUCUUCGUCGUCCUCCAAAAGACAAUCAAGAGUAUCGACUUGAUCGUUUACUUCAAAAAAAAGCAGAAGAAGGCGUUAUGAUAUAUAUUGUAGUAUAUAAAGAAGUCAAAUAUGCUUUGAGUAUGGAUUCACGCCAUACAAAGAUAUCUCUCCAACAGCUUCAUCGAAAUAUAAUAGUUCAAAGACAUCCAGAUCAUGGCCCUGAAGGAACAAUGUUUUGGGCGCAUCAUGAGAAAAUGGUGGUUGUAGAUUGUAAAAUUGCAUUUAUUGGAGGUUUAGAUUUGUGUUUUGGUCGUUAUGAUACACAUAAUCAUGAAUUGGUGGAUUGGAAACCAAAUAUGAAGGAUUUGACAAUAUGGCCUGGCCAAGAUUAUUCGAAUCCUAGAGUAAAGGAUUUUCAAAAUGUUGUUGAUUUUGAGGCUGAACUUGUAGAUAAAUCAAAAGUGCCACGUAUGCCUUGGCAUGAUGUUUCAAUUGGAAUGACUGGAACUCCUGCCCGUGAUGUAGCUCGUCAUUUUGUUCAAAGAUGGAAUUUUAUAAAGGAUGAGAAAGCUUUUGAACGUAAAGAUAUCCCUUUCUUAACACCAAAAGGCGAGUUUGUUAGUACACGUGAUGAAUCAAGAUUCAAGGGUACUUGUAAUGUUCAACUUUUGAGAAGCAGUUCUGUUUGGAGUAGCGGAAUCAAAACAGAGAGUUCAAUUUAUAACACAUAUUGUCAUUUAAUUCGAACUUCCGAACACUUUAUCUACAUAGAAAACCAAUUUUUCAUAACGUCUUCUAACAAUGAUCCAAAUAAUACAAUAAAAAAUAGAAUCGGAGAAUUUAUUGUUGAAAGAAUAAUUAAAGCAAACAAAAAUAAUGAGAAAUUCCGUGUAAUAGUAGUGAUGCCAUUAUUACCAGCAUUUGAAGCAGCUUUGGAUUCAAAAGAUGCAGGAACAAUUAGAAUGAUAAUGCAUUGGCAAUAUGUUUCUAUUUGUCGUGGUGGUAAAUCACUUUUGGAAAAGUUAACUGAAGCUGGGGUUGAUCCUGAGAAAUAUAUUUCAUUUUUUGCUCUACGUGGUCAUGAUAAAAUUCGUAAAGAUGAUGAUGAGUCAAUUACACAUUCUAAAUCAUCUUCAAAAAAAGGAAAAGCCAGAAGCUCUAUAUUAAGGAAUUCAAUUAGUUCUCUAAUUAUAAAUGAUUCUUCCAACAAAAGUCGAUCAUCUUCAGAUGCAAACCGAUCAUUAAAACCAGAAGAUAUAUUAACAAGAGAGAAAUCACAAUCUUCAUCUUCACAGACUGAUAAUACUGAUGAUAAUAAUGUACAACAACAACAAAUAGCUCAACAUGCACCUGAAAAAACUGAAGAUUCAUUUUCUGAUGAGCAUGCUGAUUUUUCAACAAAUGUUGAAAUUGAAGGUGAACCUAUGAUUCCUACUGGAAUGACACAUAUGGAUAGUAAACAUAAUUAUUUGACAGAGGAAGUUUAUAUUCAUAGCAAAAUAAUGAUUGUAGAUGACAAAUAUGUUGUUAUUGGUUCAGCCAAUCUAAAUGAUAGAUCACAACUUGGGAAUCGUGAUUCAGAAAUUGCAAUCAUUGUUGAAGAUAAUGCAGUUGUUGAGUCUAAAAUGAAUGGUAAAGAUUAUUUAGCACGAAAAUUUGCUUUUAAAUUACGUAAUUCUAUCUUUAAAGAACACUUGGGAUUUAUUGAGAAACAAGACCAUUCAACUGUGACAAAAAAAGAAGAUUUAAUUUUAAUGGAUCCACUUUCAGAUAAAUUCUAUGAUUAUUGGACUUCAAGAGCAAAUAAAAACACGGAAAUUUAUCGUUCAUUAUUUCAUUGCAUACCAGAUGAUAAAGUCACUAGUUGGGAGGAAUAUAAGAAUUUCGUUCCUGAUCAAUCAAAAGUUCCUCUAGGUCAUAUAGCUGAUACUGAAGCAUCAAUUGAUAGUGUAGCCUCACAAAUAGAAAACAUUCGUGGACAUUUAGUUAAUUUUCCAACACAAUUUUUGAAAAAAGAAAAUUUACUGGGAAGUGUUAUAUCUAAUGCUGUUACACCUGCUGAAAUAUUCACAUAA